AUGGUGCAGCAGCGGGGCGCGAGGGCCAAACGGGACGGCGGGCAGCCGCCCCCCGGGCCCGGGCCGGCCGAGGAGGGGACGCGUGAGCCUGGCUGGUGCAAGACUCCGAGCGGCCACAUCAAGAGGCCGAUGAACGCGUUCAUGGUAUGGUCGCAGCACGAGCGGCGGAAGAUCAUGGACCAGUGGCCCGACAUGCACAACGCCGAGAUCUCCAAGCGCCUGGGCCGCCGCUGGCAGCUGCUGCAGGACUCGGAGAAGAUCCCGUUUGUGCGGGAGGCGGAGCGGCUGCGCCUUAAGCACAUGGCGGAUUACCCGGACUACAAGUAUCGGCCGCGCAAAAAGAGCAAGGGGGCGCCCGCCAAGGCGCGGCCCCGCCCCCCCGGCGGCGGCGGUGGCGGUAGCAGGCUCAAGUCCGGGCCGCAGCUUCCCGGCCGCGGGGGCCGCCGAGCGGCAGGAGGGCCUUUGGGGGGCAGCGCAGCGGCACCCGAGGACGAUGAGGACGACGACGACGAGGAGCUGCUGGAAGUACGCUUGGUGGAGACCCCCGGGCGGGAGCUAUGGAGGAUGGUCCCGGCGGGACGGGCUGCCCGGGGACAGGCAGAGCGUGCCCAAGGGCCGUCGGGCGAGGGAGCGGCCGCCACCGCCGCCUCCCCGAUACCGUCGGAAGAUGAGGAGCCGGAGGAAGAGGAGGAGGAGGCGGCAGCAGUAGAGGAAGGCGAAGAGGAGACGGUGGCCUCAGGGGAGGAGCCGAUGGGCUUUCUGUCCAGGCUGCCCCCGGGCCCCGCCGGCCUGGACUGCAGUGCCCUGGACCGCGACCCGGACCUGCCGCCCCCAUCGGGCACGUCGCACUUCGAGUUCCCGGACUACUGCACCCCCGAGGUUACCGAGAUGAUUGCAGGGGACUGGCGCCCGUCUAGCAUCGCCGACCUGGUUUUCACCUACUGA